AUGUACUUCACGUAUAUUCAAAUAUCAAAAUUUGAUAUUGUGCAGCGUCUAGUCCUGUACAAAACUGGAGAUGUACGAUCUUUCUAUCGUUAUAAUAGCAGCUGGAUUAACAUCUGGUCUGUGCCAAAAGACCUGUGCUUUGUUUAUGAUAUAUGUGGGGCUUAUGGAGCAUGCAACAGAAACAAUCUUCAAUUUUGCAGCUGUCUCGAGGGCUUCAAACCCAAAGAUAAGCACGCCUGGUUUUUACAAGAUUGGUGGUCAAGCGGAUGCCUUCGUAGUAGCCCUCUCUACUGCUCUCCCAUUAACAGCACAACCGAUGGUUUCUUGCAAAAGAACGACAUAUCCUUAGCUAAGGAAAAAGCAGUUUCAUAUUCCCAAUACCCAACUCUACCAACAUGCAGAUCUGCAUGUCUGGAAAAUUGCUCCUGCAAAGCCUUCGAUCUCACUAACUCUACUCCUCCCAUCUGUAGAAUGUGGUUUGGGGAUCUGUUCAAUGUUCGCGUUGCAUCAAACAGCCAACCCGUCUUCCUUCGCAUGGCUGCGUCUGAGUUGCAACAAUCCAUUUCCAAUGGAGGAAGUAACCAAGGUCGUGUCCUUUCAAUUUCACUUCCUGUCAGCACUGCUUUCAUCCUUGUUUUGGCUUUCCUUGUUAUAAUAUUUCUUCUGAGGAGGCAUGGAAUGCUGGGCAAGGGAGGAGAUAUGGAAGGUCAUGAGCUGCUGUCUGCUUCGCUGAGAACAUUCACUUACAAGGAGCUGCGAAUUGCAACCAACAAUUUCAGAGAUAAGUUAGGGAAAGGAGCAUUUGGCUCUGUCUUCAAAGGAUCUCUCCCAGACGAUACGCUUGUAGCAGUUAAAAAAUUAAGAGGGCUCUAA